UCUACCGCAAUAAACAAAUUAAAUUUGCUUGCAAAUAGCCCCCUCCUCUACCUUCUGCCUGCGCUCCUCUUCCCUUCUGCAAGAAGAGAUAGGUCUCUUCUCGCUGCCUCCUCUUUGGACCGGCGAUUCUCUGCUUGUUUCAGGAGCGUGCAUCGCUUGAGGUUUUGUUGUCGGCGACGGCAGUUCGGCGUGGAAUCGUAGCGAUCUGGGGGAAUUCGGGCCCCUGUAUUGGUUGGGGGUGCUGUGGCGGCGGCGAUCAGAGGGGUUGAUGAUUGCUUUGGGGUAAUUCGGUUUUGUUUUUGGAGUGCGUGGACGAGGAAGGGGAGGGAGUUUGGAGAAGGUGUGAAGGAUCGGCGGAUGGGUGCAUGAAACGUACAAGGGUGGAGGAGUGUUAUAUGGGCUCCCAGCUGAAGCGGCCUAACUUGUCGAGAACGGAUCCGCUUGGGCAACCGCAAAUGGCUCCUGCAGCUGCUGCAAGCAGUACUCAGAAGUUGACAACUAAUGAUGCCUUGGCUUACUUGAAGGCUGUUAAAGACAUAUUUCAGGACAAUAGGGAGAAGUACGAUGAAUUUCUGGAAGUCAUGAAGGAUUUUAAGAGCCAGAGGAUUGAUACUAGUGGAGUAAUAAUGAGGGUGAAAGAUCUUUUUAAGGGGCAUCGUGAUCUUAUCUUGGGUUUCAACACCUUUUUGCCUAAAGGCUAUGAAAUAAAGCUUCCUGAGGAUAAGAAGCCUGUGGAGUUCCAGGAGGCUAUUAGCUUUGUGAACAAAAUUAAGAAUCGAUUUCAGAAUGAUGAACACAUUUACAAGUCCUUUUUAGAUAUUCUAAAUAUGUAUAGAAGGGAGAACAAAUCAAUCCAUGAGGUUUACCAAGAGGUGGCAGUGCUUUUUGAAAGUCAUCAUGAUUUACUUGAGGAAUUUACACAUUUUUUACCCGAUGCCUCCGCCACAACUGCUCAACAUGUAUUAUCUGGUAAAUCCUUUUCCAGGCGUGAUGAGAGGGGCUCUGUGAUGACAACCAUGAGACAUCCUCACAUGGAAAAGAAAGAGAGGGCUUACAACUCGCAUUCUGAGCGAGACCUUAGUGUUGAUCGUCCUGAUCCAGAAAUUGAGAGGCAGAGGAGACGUGCUGAGAAGGAAAAUGAUAGAAAGGAAGAAAGAGAUAAAAGAGAAGGAGAUGGAGAUGAAAGGGACAUGGAACAUGAUAGCAAGGAUUUGGACAUACAGACGAAAAGGAAGAUUUCUCGUAGGUUUGAUGACUCCAACGACCAGAUGCACCAAGGAGGAGGUGGUGACGAAUUUGGAAUCUACAACAUAGCUGGUUCUUCAGUUGAUGAUAAGAAUGCCAUGAAAAGUGUAUACACGCAAGAAUUUAAUUUUUGUGAGAAAGUGAAGGAAAAGCUGCAGCCAGAUACGUAUCAAGAGUUUCUGAAGUGCUUACAUAUAUAUAGCAAGGAGAUCAUUACAAGAACUGAACUUAAGAAUUUGGUAGGUGACAUUCUUGGAAAAUAUCCUGAUCUAAUGGAUGGAUUUAUUGAAUUUUUGGCGCACUGUGAGAAUAUUGAUGGAUUUCUUACAGGCGUAUUCAAUAAGAAACCUUUAUGGAAUGAAGUACAUGCAGCAAGGCCAGUGAAACUAGAGGAUAGAGACCGGGAUCGGGAUCGGGAAAGAGAAGAUAGGGAAAAAGAAAGGGAGAGAGAUAAAGAGAGAGAGAGAGAUAAGGAAAGGGAGCGAAUUGACAGAGUUUCUCCAUAUGUCUCCAAAGAAGCAGCUAAUAGCAAGGUUCCUUUGUUCUCAAAUAAAGAAAAAUAUAAUUUAUACAAACCAAUUUCAGAGCUUGAUCUCUCGAAUUGCCUGAGAUGCACUCCUAGCUACCGUCUGCUCCCAAAAAAUUACCCAAUGCCUGCUGCCAGCCAUAGAACUGAGCUCGGUGUAUCAGUACUAAAUGAUGUCUGGGUAUCAGUGACAUCUGGGAGUGAGGAUUAUUCUUUCAAACACAUGAGGAAAAAUCAAUAUGAAGAAAGUUUAUUUAGAUGUGAAGAUGAUAGGUUUGAGCUGGACAUGUUACUAGAAUCCGUAAACGCAACUACCAAACGUGUGGAGGAAUUGCUUGAGAAGACGCAGGAUAACACUAUCAAACCAGAAUCUCCCUUUCGCAUUGAGGAUCACUUUUCAUCUCUAAACUUGAGGUGCAUAGAACGGCUAUAUGGUGAUCAUGGCCUGGAUGUAAUGGAUGUUUUGCGUAAAAAUGCGAGCCUUGCACUGCCUGUCAUAUUGACUCGUCUGAAGCAGAAACAAGAGGAGUGGUCCAGGUGUCGUGCUGAUUUUAACAAGGUCUGGGCUGACAUUUAUUCCAAGAACUAUCACAAAUCACUUGAUCAUCGCAGUUUCUAUUUCAAGCAACAAGAUACAAAGAACUUGAGUGCUAAAGUUUUGCUGUCUGAAAUCAAAGAAAUCUCUGAGAAUAAAAGUAAAGAGGAUGAUGUUCUUCUUGCUGUUGCUGUUGCUGCUGGAAAUAGGAGGCCUAUAGUUCCUAAUAUGGAUUUUGAAUAUAUUGAUCGAGACAUCCAUGAUGAUCUCUUUCAGAUCAUAAAAUAUUCAUGUCAAGAAGUGUGCUCGUCCACAGACCAGCUGGAUAAAGUAGUGAGGAUAUGGACAACAUUUCUGGAGUCUAUGCUGGGUGUUUCUCCCCGACCUCAGCGAACAGAGGAUACCGAGGAUUUAACAAAAUGUAAAGGUCGUGCUAAAACUAAUGUAAUCAAUACAGGUGAAAGUAAUGGUAAUCUUGCCACCGAUGUAGCAAUUGCUAAUGCCAAGUCAAUUAAUGGUGAUAUUGGCAUUCCACGAGAACAGGCAAAUUUGAGCAAGGCUAGAUUAGCUAAUGGAGAUGCAAUGGUUCUUGAGAACGGUUUUCAUGAUGUUGACCGACCAGUUCAUCGAAAUGAUAGUCUCACAGGCACUCCUCUUCUUGGAAGAUUGCAGAUCAAUGCUCCAGUGUCUGGUGAAAUGUCUGCAUUAACCGAACAAGCUGCUCAAACGGAAUGUUUAAUGCACAAUAUUACUGCCUCUGCUACCAGAGUAAAUAUAGAUGCGAUGUCUGGGAUCAGAGCCACUUCAAUAUCCGGUCAUACUGGAACUGAGUCAGGUGUUGAGCCACGGAUUAUUACUGAAGUUUUUCCACCUUCAGAGGGAGCAGGUUCUUCGAGAUUGAUUGUAUCCAAAAAUAAUGGUGAAAAUGGUAAAGUUCAUAACUUUCGUGAUGGUACUGGCGCUCAAAAUGAGAGAGAGGAGGGAGAGUUAUCACCAAAUGUAGAUUUUGAAGAGGACAACUUUGUGGCUUUCAAGGAUUCAGCCAUGGAUGCAUCAGCUAAGGCAAAGGAUGGUUCUGCUGGUAAACUAUAUAAAAUAAGAGCAGGAGAAGUGGAAGCCUGUGGUGAGGCUGGAGGAGAGAAUGAUGCUGAUGCUGAUGAUGAGGGUGAAGAAAGUGCCCAUAGAUCUACAGAGGACAGCGAAAAUGCUUCUGAGGCGGGAGAGGAUGUUUCCGGCAGUGAAUCAGAUGAGGGGGAGGAGUGUUCCCCUGAAGAUCAUGGUGAGGACGAUGCGGAUCACGAUGAUCAAGAUGCGAAGGCUGAAAGUGAGGGUGAGGCUGAAGGAAUAGCUGAUGCCCAUGAUACCGAGGGUGAAAUAACUUCAUUGCCCUUUUCAGAACGCUUUCUGUACACAGUUAAACCUCUUGCUAAGCAUGUGCCGGUUGCAUUACAAGAAAAAGAUGUUAAAGGCUCAAGAAUUUUCUAUGGAAAUGAUUCUUUUUAUGUCCUUUUUAGGCUUCACCAAACUCUUUAUGAAAGGAUACUUUCAGCCAAGAGAAAUUCAUUGGCUGCUGAAAGAAAGUGGAGAUUUUCGAAGGAUACAGGCCAUCCUAAUCAAUAUGCAAAGUUUAUGAGUGCAUUAUACAGUCUACUCGAUGGCACGGCUGAUAAUGCAAAGUUUGAAGAUGAUUGCCGAGCUAUCAUUGGAACUCAGUCCUAUGUUCUUUUUACAUUGGACAAAUUAAUUUAUAAAGUUGUUAAACAGCUUCAAGCCAUUGCAUCGGAUGAUGUAGACAGUAAACUCCUUCAGCUUUAUUUUUAUGAAAGGUCGAGACGACCUGGGAGAAUUUUUGAUUUAGUGUAUCAUGAGAACGCACGUGUUCUCCUUCAUGACGAGAGCAUGUACCGAUUUGAAUGUACUUCAAAUCCAACCAGGCUUUCCAUCCAGCUACUGGAUUAUGGGAAUGAAAAGCCAGAUGUUACAGCGGUUUCCAUAGAACCCAAUUUUUCAAAUUACCUUUACAAUGAUUUUCUGUCCAGUGUUUCUGAUAGAAGUGAGAGGCUUGACAUAUUUAUGAAAAGGAAUAAAAGAAAAUUCAGUAGCGACGAGGAGAACAGUCUUUAUUCCAGGGCUAUGGAGGGGAUUCAACUUUUCAAUGGUUUAGAAUGCAAGAUAGCAACUUUCACCUCAAAGGUUUCAUAUGUACUUGAUACAGAGGACCUCUUAAUACGCACCUCAAAGAGGAGGAGAAGUUUGACAUAUUGUCACAAUCAGCCUCAUUCUUUAAAGUCUUACGCCGCAAAAGUUCAGAAAUUUCAUCAUUUUCAGGCCAUGAACUUAACCUGACUCCCCUCGGAAUACGAGGUUAGUUCGAUUCGGGACAUAAAAUGGAAUUUAAAUAUCCAUGCCAUAUUUUGUUCUGGUUGCGAGUAAGGCCGCGCAUUAACACCAAUUGAAGUUUUGAACCUUACAUUAAAGCCCUGCCUUAAACUGUGCAGUGAAAAUUUACUAUAUUUGGUUGGUGGGGGUCAUGCAGCCCUCUCGUCUCUAACCCUUAAUUAGCAUUCUGGGACACCAUCAGCUUUCCUUCUUCCCUUCUGGACAACUACUCCAUGCUCCAAAAUAACUGCCAUAUAAUGCAUGGUAAAUAUUCCCCACGUAAUGUGAUUUUCAGGCCUCUCAUCCACACCCAUCUUGUACUCUCAUCCACCACCCAUCACGUACAUAUUAGUCAGAUCAGAAUUUGUUUGUUUGAUUAGAAUGCUUGUGCUUCUUUUUAUUUUGGACAACUCAACAAGGCCUGUUUUUUUUCGUUUUUCAUUUUCCUUUUAAUAUUAAUAUAGGGGGUGUAAAUGAGUUGAAUGUGAGCGAGUUAAGCUCCUAUUUGUGUUCUGGUUGUUUGAAAUUAUCUGUUUGAAAUAGGCCCGUUCGAAAUUGUUCUUGAAAUAUAUAUAUUCGUGAUCAUAUAAUGUAUGGUAAUAUUCCCCACGUAAUGUGAUUUUCA